CUCGAAGAUACGAAGAAGCGAAAACAAGUCCGUUUUAGUUUUGCUCACACACGAACGAGUCUCAUUCUGCAAGCUGGGAAACAGUGGCUUCAGCGCGUCAGGCUUGUUAUAGGAUGGUAUCGGAAGCUAACCAACGCCAACGCAACGCCUUUUGCAAGUAACGGACAACGGAAACAACACAAUUCGAUCUUUAAACCUACGUAACGCCGCAAACAUCCAAACUUCAAUUUCAAUUCCAUUCGAAUUCAAAGCGGCGAUCUCUCUCCUUCCUUACGCUGGGAUAACCCCAGAAUGAUGUUCAUUCGUCUCCUUCAAUUCCAUCUCCAUCCCUGGUCUUAGAAUUUAGUCAACAGCAGCGAUGUUGUUUCUGACGCCGACGCAGAAGUAUGCAGCUGGAGCCCUGUUCAGCCUCGCCAUACACCAUGCUCAGACUCACCAGACCUGCCCAUUGGGUUUCUCCGAUGACUAUCAAUCCGAAGAACGAACUAGUAGCGGUAGCUCCGGCAGCGAUUCUGUUUCCGAAUGUCCGGAUCUUUGGGUCCAUGAGAACUCGGGUCUGCUCCGUCCUGUUUUCAAGAUUCUGGACAUUGAUUCUGCUGCUUGGCGCGCGCUUGAAGAAACUGCUGGGUCUGGCCAUCCUGUGGGACCAUUCAUGAGAUUACUUUCUGAAGAAAGUGAUGAUGAUUCUUCUACAAAAUUAGAUCGAGAACUUGCUUUAUCAGAAGCAAUUGACAAUAUGGAAAACAGCAUGGGAAAAAGUGCAGCAUCUUCUAUGUCUAAAGAAAAGCACCGUGAAUAUGUGAAUCAAUGUCGAGAAAAAUAUUUAACUCCUCAUGUUCAAUCAAAUUCCGAAAACCUAGAGAUGCAUUUGGAGAUUCGUCAGGAGACAAAUACUCCUCUUCUUGAUGGCCCUGACCCACAUCAGGGAUUUACUAAUAAUAUGAUUGAUGAAAGACCUAUUGAAGAGGUAACAAUGCUUGGCUAUCAGAGGAAAGUAUCAGUUCUGUAUGAACUUCUCUCUGCUUGUCUGUCAGAUUUGGAUGAAAACAACAAGAAAUAUCACCAGAGAAGAAAAGGCUAUGAUGCUCGACAUCGCGUGGCGCUGCGGCUGCUUGCAACUUGGCUUGAUAUCAAGUGGACAAAAAUGGAGGCCAUUGAGACCAUGGUUGCUUGUUCUGCAAUGGCCUUUGUUAAAGAGCAAGAAUUAAAGAAAGAAGAAACAAAUUCAAAAGAAAGCAAGUGGGCUAAAUGGAAGCGUGGUGGCAUCAUUGGCGCUGCUGCAAUAACUGGAGGAACCUUGUUGGCCAUUACUGGUGGAUUAGCUGCCCCUGCAAUUGCUGCAGGGCUCAGUGCACUGGCUCCAACUCUAGGUACCCUGGUCCCUAUAAUUGGAAGUGGGUUUGCUGCAGCUGCUAGUGCUGCAGGAACUGUAGCUGGUUCUGUUGCUGUUGCUGCUUCAUUUGGAGCUGCGGGAGCUGGUCUUACAGGGAGCAAAAUGGCUAGGAGAGUUGGUAGUGUGGAUGAAUUUGAAUUCAAAGCUAUAGGAGAAAACCAUAACCAGGGCAGGCUAGCAGUUGAGAUCUUGGUCUCAGGAUUUGUUUUUGAGGAGGAUGAUUUUAUAAGACCAUGGGAAGGGCAACAUGACAACUUGGAGAGGUAUGCACUACAAUGGGAGUCAAAAAAUCUGAUAGCUGUGAGCACUGCAAUUCAGGAUUGGCUUACUUCAAGACUUGCAAUGGAGCUAAUGAAGCAAGGGGCCAUGAUGACUGUAUUAAGCACACUGUUAACUGCUUUGGCUUGGCCAGCUACAUUACUUGCAGCAACUGACUUCAUAGAUAGUAAAUGGGCAAUCGCAAUUGACAGAUCAGACAAAGCAGGAAAGCUACUUGCUGAAGUAUUGUUAAAAGGAUUGCAGGGGAAUAGGCCUGUGACACUCAUAGGGUACUCACUUGGGGCACGAGUUAUUUUCAAGUGUCUUCAGAUUUUGGCUGAAACUGAAAACAGUGCUGAACUGGUAGAAAGAGUUGUUCUUCUUGGAGCACCCAUCUCAAUCAAGGACGAGAACUGGGAAGCUGCCAGAAAGAUGGUAGCAGGAAGGUUCAUAAAUGCUUAUACUAGAAAUGAUUGGAUGCUUGGAGUUGCUUUCCGUGCCAGAUUUUGACCAAGGUAUUCCAACUUAAGCGUGAGAACAAUGGGUGUGUUACACCCCAAAAAUCAGGUGUGACCGACAUGGGUAUGGGCACAAACCUCACAUCCCUUAAGCCGUGAUCGUAGGAACUUUGAAAUUAAUACGCUAAACAUACUAAUAGAGGAAUUAAAAAUUGUUACAAUAUUAAAUUAGAUAUUCAAUUUUAAAAGAAACGUGAGGAUCCUAUCUGUAGUCUACGUGGAGCAUCUAAAGCCAGACGCCAACGUAGGUAUAAAGUUCAAAUUUUCAUCAAAUUAGGAUUUGACUAAAAUAAUUCUUCUGCUUCAAUUCAGCAAUAAAACUACUCAGUGGAUGUCUUGAGUCACGAGUUCAACUAUACCAUCUGAGACUAAAAUAUAUUUUCCAGUGAAUAACGUCCCAACAAUAAAUAAUAGAACAUAAAUAAAGUGUGAAGUUUGAAAUAGUUAUGUAAGUUAAAUAGAUAAAAUUUUCGUAAAAAUUUUAUAAACUUCAUAAUAAAAUGGCUCUAUAAAUUUCGAAUAAAAUCUUAAAUCAUUGAAUUAUCAUAAAAAAUGAUAAUAUCACUUGAUUUCAAGAAAGCACAUAAAUGAAAUCAAUAUUUUAAAUAAAUUAUUAAAUAAAAACUAAUAGAAUAUGAAAUCAUCAAACGAUUGGAUUCAUAAUUAUAGGGACUUAUCAGAAUAAUUAACAAAUAUGGAUACACAAUCUAUGAGGGUAACUAACCAAACGCGAUUUAUGCCAUAAAAACAAAAGUGGACACUCAGUUCAUGAGGGUAAGUAACCAAACGCAACUGAAGCUACGAAACAAACUUAGACACACAGUCCACGAGGGUAAUGCUAAUCAAACGCGGCUUGAAGCCACGAAAAAAACGUGAGUAUGAUGCUCAUGAAUAACCAUCUCUCUGUUCCAUGUGCGUUGGCCAUCGCAUGGGGCUAGCACUUUCUAUAAUCACCUUGCUAGCUAGGUGUACCAUGGCGCGCCAAGGGCUAACGGAACUGCCGUUAGCAACCAGUGUUCCAUAUAAAGUCCCUUUCAAAUUCAAUUUCAAACAUGCGAGAAAUUGAUCAUUAUUCAAUCAAAUUUUUCUUUUCAAUGUCGAACUCGCAUGAAUCAUUUUUUCGUAAUAAUUCAAUAAUUUUCAAAAUAAAAUCCCACAAUUAGAAUUCAAACUUGUAUUUACUGAUUAACCAAAAUGAUCAAUUCUGGUAAACUAAUUUCACGAAAUAAAGUAAUUUAAUCAACAAAAUAUCUCAUAAUCACAUUGUUGUAAAAAGAAUUUGCAUAAAAAUGUAAUAUUUGAAUAAAAGAUUUUAAUGAAAUAUCAGUUGGGACGCUAUUCACUUACCUGAAAAUUUCUCAAUAAUCUUAUAAUUAGACUCCCUCAAUUUCUCGCUUUCUCCAGUGAUACUCCAAAUUAAUCUAGCAUUUAAACCAACAACAUUCAACCCCAACCAUUAACACUCUUCUUAUUCCAUGUUUAAUAAGAACCUCAAUCAUCACAUAACCUAACAAUUUUCCUUUUUGGUGCUAUACAAAUCCAACAAGUAAGUCAACUUUACAACUUGUAUGUAAAGACAUAUAUUUCAUCAACAAACUAUUCAAUUUCAAGGAUUCAAAUAAUUACAUUAUUAUUAUUAUUAUUAUUAUUAUCACCUUUGCAAUAUUCUCUAGCAAACAUUUCAACAAAUAUCUUAUAAGUACCAAUAUUUAAGUUUUAUAUUUAAGCUAUUCUUUUCCAACUUCAUCCUAACAAAUUUUUCAACAUCACCCAAUCUAAACAAUUAGUUCAACUGAAAAAUUAUGACCCAUGAGUAUAUCAUUCUCAAUCUUUAAGAUAAAUUGGCAGCUCAAUAUUUGAAUUGUCUCUUCCCUAUAACAGCAUGGCAGCAACAGAAAACACACUAAAAUUCAGUAGUUUCACGGACACACAGAGCAAACCACACUCUAACGCACAGCAACAACAGUCCACAUUCACAAGUGCAGAAAAUUAUUUCCAAUUCAAUUUAAAUUUCUUCCUUUUUUCAUCGCACGGACAGCAGUAUCACAAGAGGAAAAAAAACUUCAACUAAUAAUUCACACACUCACGCACACAAGAUUAUCAGGAAGAAGAUCUCAAUGCUUCUUACCUUAA